AUGAAGAACAAAAGCGCUUACUCCGUGUUCAACCCCGGCUGCACCGCCAUCGCCGGGACGCUGACGGCCGAGCAGCUGGAGCGGGAGCUGCAUUACCGGCCCGCCGCCGGGAGGUAGCCGGUGUUGGACUACACUUGUAAGGGAGUGCCCUGCCGCUUUCCCUCCCGGCUUUGUCUACACCCAAGACAAGGCACGAGGCGGUAUCGAUACAACUGAAGCCAGAUGCUGCUUCCGAUCAUGCCCGUGCUUCAUCCAAUACAUCAAAUUUUGGUGCAGGUUUCCCGAUUGCUUCAUGUUACAGCGUUUGCUAUCUGCAGUGUAAGGCGAAAAUAUCAGUUAUUACUCCUGACAGGUGACACGUGGUUUUAACCAUCAUUUUGGAAACAUAACUUAGGGACAGUGAGCAGCAAAUACAGGACUGCAAGAAGCUCUUAGAUGAAAGAGUACUUGCUUGUUGCAGGACUCGUCCUUUUUUACCAGCACACAGCUGGUGAUGCUUCUCACCAUCAUCCCGUGUGCAGCCGUGUGCACUUUUCUUUAUGAGCCAUUUUGGUUUUUUUAUGAUCCCAUUGGUAUUUCUAAUAUAUAAAAGAUUGCAUGAAAAUAAAUAAUUGAUAUUAAGUUGUUUAGAGCAGUUAGUUGAGUUUAUACCCCUUUUGUUGAGAACAAAAGUCGCAACCUUGGUCUUUCAAGUCCUGUUUCAUUGUUUCUUUUCUGUGUUAGCUGUGAUUUAUAGUUACCACAGGCUCCAUCUUUUGUUGGAUAAACAAAUGGAAGUGUUAAUUGGACUGGAAAGAAUAAUAGGUUAGGGCACAAGUAAAUACCGUGUAAUGCUGCUAAGCAUCUUUCAGUAUCUCUCUGCAACACUGUCAGCUCCUACUACUGCUCUGUUGUAUAAAUUCCAAAUGUUACAUAAAGCCAACCACGGAAUUUUCUCACUUCUUUCACCAUCCUCUGGCUGAGAUGUACAAACCAGCUGAGUUCUCACCGUUCUUUUCACUGAUUUCACCUAACUCCAUGUGGGUAAUGUGCUCCAUUCUGUUUUUGAUUAAUAAGCCUCUGCAGGUUCAGAGCACUCUUUAUAGUGGACACAGAGGUGGAAAUAGAAAUCUUUACUUCCAUGGAAGAACCAUGAAUUAGGAGUCUAUACAAUCUUAGGAAGUAUUCUGCUAAUGAUGGAGUAACAAACAGGUGAUAAUUAGGAAAAGGUAAGUACACCAGUAAGUGAGAGCAUUUUGUGAGCGAGUUGAAACUUUAUUCACAAGGAAUAAAAUAAAAAUGUUCAUGGGGAGCUGAUAAUUUGACACCUUUCACAGAUCCCAUGGGUGUUUUAAGCAAGGAAAGACAUGCAAAUAAAUAUUAAGGUAACAUCCACGAAACAGUAAAACUUUAUAGCAGCAAUAAUGGAAAUAAAGGCUUAAUUUGCUUUAAGCUUUAGUUACAUGUCAGGGUGAAUUUGUAGACUAUUCUGUUUAAUACUUUAUGAAACAAAUUACUAUGCUAAAAGAGAAUGAAGCUGAAAGGCACAAAAAUAAAAAUUCAUGCAGUUUA